CCGCGUUCAGGCUUGUAUAAUCAUUCAUGAUAUGAUACAACCACUCGCCCACUGCUUGCCUCGUGUUCAAACCCUUGUCAACCUGCAAUGUCCUUCAAAAGCUUCAAGUAUGGAACGAAUCGUUCCAGUAUUCGUGGUUUCCUUGCAGCCGUGUUCCGUCCUUUCAUGAGUUCUCCUUCUGAUGCCCCCCCCGUGUUCACGUCGGGCGAUAGUAAGAAUGACGUAGAACAAUGGCACAUGCUCAUCCUCGGCAACGAGCUUUCUUCACAAUGCCAGCUUGAACGCGUUGUUUACUGCAAAUGCACCGACGGCAAAGAACACGAAUUUUUGCUCCUUCAUUUUCGCCAUCCCACACAACAGCACGCCGUCGCGAUAUUGGUUCUAGACCGAACCCCAUGCACAGAUUCUACAGAGAACAACAAUGGCUCGUCAAGACGCAUGCAAUCGUCAUACAUAGUCUCUCCGUCAGUUUCCCCGACCCCUGCUCGUGAUUCCAUCUUCACUACCCCAAACAACGGUUCUGCUAUCGAAUCCUAUCUAUCCAGAACGUAUGACCAGUUCAAGGAGCUUUGUUAUCUCGACUUCCCCGCCUCCUCCGCUCGCCCUUCGGCAAUUCAAGUAUCCGUGCUCUUGUCCGCUCUCAGUAAGCAUUCUCCGUCAUACCACCUGUACCAGUACCAAUGUUACUGGUAUGCCCAUACCGCCUGGGAGGCCCUCAAAAGGCUCUUCCCAGAUUGCCACGAGAUAACGAAGAGCGGGGGGCGCUCUUGUUAUCUUGGGGUCAAGAUAGAGAAGGCAGAUAGCGUGGAGGCGGUGUGUGAGCAGUAUCACGCCCAGUGGGCGCGCAUUCAGAAUGCGGCGGAAGAGAGGAGGAGAGCAAAGGAAGAUGAAGUACGGCAGUUGCGGAUGGAAGAACGGGCUCAAUGUCAAGCGGAGAUUGACCAAGCGACGAGGAACGCAAAAGAAGCGACGAGGAACGCAAACGAAGCGACGGAGCAAAAGGAGGAAGCGGUAAAGAAAGCAAACGAGGAGAUGAGGCAAAAGGAGGAAGCGGUAAAGAAAGCAACCGAGGAGAUGAGGCAAAAGGAGGAAGCAGUAAGGAGAGCGGAGGUAGCGGAGAGGAUGAUAGAAGAAGCGAAGAGGAAAGCAGAGGAGGCAGAACGGAAAGCAGAGGAGGCGGAACGGAAAGCAGAGGAGGUUAGGGCUGAGUGGCAAGCGGAAAUGGACCGAAUGCGAGCCCAACUCAAGCGCCAGGCAGUGUGAUACCGGUGUGACUAUUACUCUCAUUUCUCCAUCUCCAACAUCCUCAUCAUGAUCAGACGCAGUUGCAAUAUACAUUAGAGCAUAUCAGAAUUGACCUUCCUGUCUCAGACUCUGCGAUCUACAGGGCUAGUUCUCAUCGACGUUACCGGUAACACGAAAAACCCCUCCGCUUUCAAGGUCACUAAGGACGCAUUGCAGUUGCAACGUAUAUAGUCAUGAACGAACUGUAAUCAGUGUGAAGCACACGGCUAGUUUGAGUCACAGAAGAGCAAUCGGUACCGAUGUUGCUCGUGUCCUAUUGUUCGAGUACGAGGCCCGUCAAUC